AUGGGCAGCACAAAACUCAAGGAAGACUUAAAGAAUUGUUUAAUAAGUUUCGAUCGAAAAGUUCUUAUCACUCAACUCUUGGAUGACUACAAAUUGGCCCACAAGGAAGUGGACAAAAUUGUCGCGGAUUUUGUGAAAGAACAAGAAACCAAACAGAAACUGAAAUUUGAAAAACACUAUGUGGUACAUGGAGAACAACAAAAGGAAGAUAAGCAAAUAAAGGAAAUCUAUAAAAUUGUCGAGGAGGCCAAACUCAAGGAAUGGCUAAAGAAAUUGAAAAAUUCCCAAUCUCUUCUAUAUGCCGUGGAGGUGGCUGGUGGUGCCAAACCUCCCGCAGCCAUUUUCAAACCCAUGAGCAUUGAGGAGAAUGUUAAGCUAAAACAAAGGGCUGGUACCAAGGCAAUUGCCAAUGGCACUUCCACCUCAGAUAGUGCUAAACCAUCCACCGUAAAACCCCCCGAAAAGAAGGAAAUAAAAACCGAACCAAAGAAAAUCUCUAACGGCGAGGCAUCCAACAGCAAACAGUCCUCGUCGGAUACCCAGAAAAAAUCCACGCAAAAAACUCCCACAAAAACGUCACCAGAAACUAAAAAAUCUCCCGCUGCUGCAAAGGCAACCACCAACAAAAAGGCCGGAGGUAUUAAUAGUUUCUUUGCAGCAUCCGCCAAGAAAACAGAGGACACCAAAGAAACCAAACCUGCAACGGGAGUGGUUAAACCUCCUACACCCAAGAAAAUGCAAGACUUUUUCAAAAAACAAACUGAAAAACCAACCGAAAAACCCAAACCCAAAGCCUCGGAGGCAAUUAAGAAACCAACAACAAAUACAUCCAUACAACUCUUUGAUGAUGAUGAGGACGAGGAAGAUAAAGCUGAAUCAUCAGAUGAAGAAGAAAAAUUGGAAGCCCUGAAAAGGGAUAUUAUUUCCUCUGAUGUUGAAAUGGAUGCCGAUGAGGAUGAAGCCUCAUCGAAACCCACCACCUCCAAACGUCGUCGCAUUAUUGAUUCCGAUGAUGAUGAGGCAGAUGAACAACCUGUUGUGAAACAAGAAAAACUUGAUGAAUCUAAGCAGAAUAACGAUGAUGAGGAGGAUGAAGCAAAUGUUUCCAAAUCGGAAACCUAUUUAGAUGAGGAUGGUUUUGUCAUAACCAAAAAACCAAAACAAAAGGCCCAAACGACGGCUAAAAAGAAAUCACCCGCCUCGGCAUCUGUUAAAGCCUCACCAGCCAAGAAAUCCUCACCUUCGGAAACAAAGAAGACGUCACCAAAAUCCACAAAGGCCGCAGCAGCCGCUGCUACCAAGGGAAAACAAUCGAAUAUUAUGAGUUUCUUUGGAAAGAAGUAG